AUGCAAUUUACAGCUCAGUUUACAUUCUCUGUGGUGACUGCAUCAAAGUUAUGGCGGCAAGUGGGAGAGUCUUUCGACCCCCCAAAGACCUGCACAACUGUCUCUUGGACAUUCCGCAUUUUCUACGAGAAGGCACUAUUAGAAUAUGAAAAGUAUAAGAGGGAGAAUGGUGAGAUUCAACUUCCUGCUUCCCCACUACCUCAUGCAAGUGGUGAAAAGGUGUCAAGUGGCUUCCUUCCUGGGUCGGGCAGGGCACUCAGGGAUGCUGCAGCUCGUGCCAUGCAGGGUUGGCAUGCUCAACGUUCUGUUGGAUAUGGAGAGGUUAAGAAUUCCUCUAUACAGGGUAAGAUCUCAAGUCCUACUCCGAAGCGUGAAAGACAUCUCAAAAACAUUGGUUUGCAGAAGCAGAAGACGCCAAUAAACAUGGAAUCUGGACAUGAAUCAGAUAAGCAAUUGGUCACUGAGGUUGUUGAUGCUGGAACUCCUGCUGAUUGGGUGAACAUCAAUGUGCGUGAAACUAAGGAUUGCUUUGAGGUAUAUGCUCUGGUCCCUGGACUCCUGCGUGAGGAGGUACGAGUUCAAUCAGAUCCUGCUGGACGUUUGGUUAUAACGGGUGAACCAGAGCAUGUUGACAAUCCUUGGGGUAUCACCCCCUUUAAGAAGGUAAUGACCUUACCGGCGAGAAUCGAUCCGCUUCAGACAUCCGCUGUUGUUAGCUUGCAUGGUCGACUCUUUGUGCGUGUCCCUUCUAGCAGGGAUCAAUGUGAGCCUCAUCAUGUUUAGAUUAGGUGGCUUUGGCCAGACUCAUUUUAGGAGAAAUGUAACUAGAAGUAAACUUGGUACUGUUGAAUUAGUUGUAAUUUUCCCUGUGGUUUUCUAUAUUUAAGAAUGUUGGAAUCGGCUGAAAAUAAAUCUCAUCAAAAAUCAAA